AUGUCGGAACUCGGAAAUUUCUGCUUGCUCAGAUCAGCUUAUACUGAAACAGUGUUUGAGGAGAAACGUUAUGCCUGUGGUCCUGCCCCAGAUUUUUCAAGAGAGUGUUGGUUAAAGGAGAAAAACAAUUUAGGACUUGAUUUCCCUAAUCUUCCAUAUUAUAUUGAUGGUGAUACAAAAAUCACCCAAAGUAGUGCUAUUAUAAGAUAUAUUGCUCGCAAACACAACUUGUUGGGGACCACAGAUGAGGAGAAAUUGAAAGUUGACAUGAUAGAGCACUGUAUAAUUGACUUCCAAAAAGCUUUUACAGGACUCUGCUAUAAUCCAGCAUUUGAUAAACGUGUGGAUAAUUACAAAGAGACAGUUGGAGCUAAAUUGGCACUUUUUGAAAAGUAUCUUGGAGAUAAACCUUUUUUUGCUGGUGACAAGCUGACCUUCCCUGAUUUCUUGAUGUAUGAGAUGAUUGAUCAACAUAAAAUAUUUGAUAAAACAUUGUUGGAGCCAUUCAAAAAGUUGUUGGCCUUCGCUGACAGAAUUGAGGCUAUUCCACAAAUUGCUGCAUACAAGAAAUCAGACAAGUUUAUUGAGCGUCCUCUAAACAACCCAAUUGCUUCAUUCACAUAGAAGUCAAUGUGCAUGGGAAGUCAG